AUGACAGAAGGUGAAUAUCCAAAAGCUGAAAGUGCAAGACCGUUUCUACCAGAAGAAAAUAUAGAAUUUGUUAAGCUCUUUAAUGAGCAGAAAUUCAGACCUAGAACUGCUAUUUUAAAAGUCUGGUUUCAAUAUCCCAAAAAUAUCUUCCAACCGAUACCAGCUAAAGAUAAAAUCACUUUUACGAAUAGAAUAGGAAAGAAGGAAACUGGCACUAAAAUCAGGUUCAGAAAUGGUUUCUGUUCAGAUGUUUUAACAUCGGUCGAUAUUCAAGAAAUAGUGAAAGCCGGUGGACGCAUCAUUAAAAUAUUAGAUGGUAUGUUAGCUAGUGGACAUGACGUAACGAAUGAAUUUGAUAAACCAUGGGGGAAGAGUUUUACUGAUGGAAUAGUUAUUCCUAAUGAAAAACAAACUAAAAAAUUUAGAAGUUAUCUGAAUCUCAUAAAGAGAAAAGCACCGGACGAUGAAGGAAAAAUGUAUCCUUACAACUCUGUGCUUGGAUGA